GCUCCCGCAGCCCUCCGAGCCGAGCCGACCAGCGCCGGGAGGGAGCGAGGGAGCGUAGCCCAGCCAGAGGCGAGCGGCUGGUGGCGCCAUGGCAUGCGCGGGGCUGCUCACCGUGUGCCUGCUCCGGCCGCCAGCCCCCCGGGCCCCGCGCCCACCGGAGCCCGCGCCGGACAAUAGGCCCGCUGGACAUGCUCUCUUCCAGGACGUGUUCCGCAGAGCCGACAAGAACGACGACGGGAAGCUCUCGUUUGAGGAAUUCCAGAAUUACUUUGCCGACGGGGUCCUCAGCGCGGGGGAGCUGCGGGAGCUCUUCAGUGGCAUUGAUGGGCGUCCUGCCGCCAACGUAGAAACGGAGAAACUGUGUGACUACUUCUCGGAACACCUGGGUGUCUACCGGCCUGUGCUGGCCGCGCUGGAGUCGCUCAACCGGGCCGUGCUCACCGCCAUGGACACCACCAAGCUGGAGUACGAGCAGGCCUCCAAAGUGGACCAGUUCGUGACGCGCUUCCUGCUGCGAGAGACGGCGAGCCAGCUGCAGGCCCUGCAGAGCUCCCUGGAGGGGGCAUCCGACACGCUGGAGGCCCAGGCCCGCGACCUGCGGUCAGAUGAAGAGAGUGCUGAAGUGCAGAGCAGGCCCCGCGGCAGCCGGCGGGCAGGGCGCAGGGCCCUGAGAAUUGUCCCUCGGUCGCCUACCUGGUCUCCUGGCUGCUCGGACACAGGACGCAGCUCGGAGGCCGAGUCGCAGUGGCGGCUCCAGGUCAGCCGUCUCCAGGAGCUCAUCGAUCAGCUUGAGUGCAAGGUGAGUGCUGUGCGACUGCUCCCAGGCCAGGCAGGGGGGGGGGGGGGGGCAGGGCAGGGGGGGCGGCCCGGCCUGGCCCACACUCGGUGUCUUUCACAGGCCCCCCGGCUGGAACCCCUGCAGGAAGAGGACCUGGCCAAGGGGCCUGGCCCGCACAUCCUGGUGGCCCAGAGGCAGGUGCAGGUGGCAGAGGAGGCCCUGAAGGACUUCCACCGGGCCCUGUGCUGCUACAUGGACUUCACGGGGGCCCAGAGCCGUUGUCUGCAUGUGUCCGCCCAGAAGAUGCUGGAGCAGGCCUCCUUCACCCUGUAUGAGUUCUGGCAGGACGAGGCCUCCUGGAGAAGGCACCAGCAGGCCCCCUGCAGCAAGGCCUUCCAGCGCAUCCUCAUCGACCACCUGCGGGCUCCAGACACCCUCACCACCGUGUCCUUCCCAGCCUCCUGGUGGGUCAUGAAUAACAACUGAACCCGACCUGCAAAAGCCAAGGGCCCUGCCUGCCUCCCCGGGAGCUUCUGAACGGGUCAACUCGGCACCCAGCCCGGGCCCGGCCAGCUGCUGGAGGCCUGAGCCCAGGGACCAGGGACCGGGCUGCUUGCUUCCUUUCUCCAUCCGCGGAUUCUGUUUGUAGCUUCGGCCUCCAGGGCACGCUGACUUGCACCCGGCUCAGGAGGCGUGGACUCUGGUCCCUCUGCCCCUGCCUUGCUGUGUGACCCAGGGCAGUCCCUUCCCACUUGGGCUGCCUAGCGGGUGUCCUGUUUCCUUCCUGCUGUCUUGGGACCAGGCUUCUGCUCUUCCCCAAGCAGCAGCAGAACCAGGGCUGAUGCUCAGGGAACCCCGACCCCUGGAACCUCGUGCCCUGAGGCCGGGCCGGAUCGGUCUGCAGCGUGGGGUAAGGACCUGGGCGUGCCCACCACCCUCCUGGGCUGGCUCCAGACUCUUCCAGCACCCAUGCCUGCACCAGGCACCUGAGGAGGAUCCUGGGUUGGUUUGCAUGUCAUCUGCAUAUCAUCUGCAUGUUCUCACCCCGUCCAUUCUCAGGGCACUAGGGGAAGCCCCAAGGUGACCUUGUCAAGUAGCAAUAAUUUGGGCCCAGAGAUGCCUGCUGCCCACAGAGACCUCUGAACCCUGGCCUGGACUCCAACUCAGAGGCAAUAAAGGCAGUGGUCACCUCUG